AUGGGGCUGGACAUCGUGAAGAAGCUGCGCGGGGAGGCGGAGCGGCGGCGCAAGGCCGGGGCGCCCGAGAGGGCCCAGCCCAAGCACGCGCCGGCGCACGGCCUCUUCGUGAGCCAGAGCUCGGAGGUGAUUGGGCACGACGCGAUGGCAGCGUCGCGCGCGCCCGGGGUUGGCCUCCCGACGGUCACCGAAGGUCACGCUUCUGCCUUUAGGGUCACUCUUGCGCGUAGCCGAGCAAGAACUGGAGCAGCCUUCUGGAGCACAGGGGAGGUCGAGGUUCGAGAUCUAAGGCUUUCGGGCGCGUUCGUAGGCUCUCGGCCGCUUUCCAACCUCGGGAAGCGCUCUGGCAGCCGCGCAUUGUCGGGAGAGUUCCGCGGGGGCCCGGAUCUUCUGGAACCGCUGCUGGAGGCCAAAGUGAUGACCCGAAAGCCAGACGAACGACGAAAGUCAAGAGGAAGGCGAGAUGAGACGAUGGCAGCUGGCCUUGGAAGGGGGGCCCUCGUCACCACGGUUGCGCGCUGUUUGGAAAAUUGCUUAAGGACGAGAGAAACAUCGGAGUCGACUGCGCCGACAUUCGCGCGUAAGUUUCCCGCGCGAGGUCGCGCGUGA